GACCCACAAUAACAAGGAUAUAGCUGCCUUGUUUUACGAGGCCGGCCUUGUAGACUGUCAUUGGCACCUCUCCAGCGAGCAGUUCUUCGGGAGCUAGCUUCUCAGGAUCUAUCUCCGGCUCUAGUUUUAGUUUGAGAUAGGCUUGAAAAACAACAGUGACAAUGGGAAUGACCCAAACUCAGUCCCAGGGGUUGACGACAUGGAAAUUGAUUAGUCCGAGAAGCCCGAUGAUCUGGAUUUGGAAGACGAGGAUCCCGUGAACUCCAGCGAUUCUGACGGCGACGAUGACUCGCAUCCCUACGACAUCCAGAAUCAAACCACCACCUCUGUCUCGCCAACCACAGCCCAUCGAUCUCACUGCGGACGAUGAUGCGAGAGACGAUGAGAAACUCCGGGUUCUUGACGACGGCAGAAGCGUGAUCAGCAACAGCCUAUUCGUUUCGUUGGGAAGUAAUGCUCCCCGACCACCUCCAAUUAUUGACCUGACACGCACGGCUCCUAUGUGUUCAUUUCUUUUAUUGCGUACCGAGCUCUCUGCGCCCUUUCGUGAAUAUCUCCCUGUGAAGGAGAAAUCAUCAGCCGAUGAGGCCAAGUCUACUUUGGUUAUCGAUCUGACGGGUGACGACGAUGUGGUCAAGGGUAAAGUGAAAGAGCAACAUUCUUCUGAUUUUGAGAACUCUUACCUGGAGACUGAAGGACCUGACGCUGAAAAUGAGAGCCUGCAAACUUCUAAGUGCCCUAAAGUUUUGUCUGAGGACUCUCUUGCAGGAAGCGCAGAGGACAGCAUUGCAAAGCGUCCACGACUGUUCUAA